GCCGUGCUAAGCGAAAAAGCAGUAUCUCCAAUUUUGGUCGAAAUUGAGAUAUUGCUACACGGGGGUUAACAAUGUGGUUUUGUACCAUUUUUCGCAGUGAAAAAGCAGUAUAUCCAAUAUUUAACAUUGAAAAUGAGCAUUUGAAAUUAAGAAAAUAAACAGUAAGUCCAUAAUUUUUGUGAAACUAGAAGCAAAAAUACAGUAAAUCCCAAUAAGUAGCAAAUAAGCAGUAAGUGACGUGGAGUUACUGUUAUUUCGCUUAUUUUCAAAACAUUUUAAACAGGAACUAAAAACACAGUAUCUCCGUAUUUACUAUUUGAUAAUAUAUUGGUGUAUAAAUUAUAUUUUGUAGUCACAACCACAGUUUCAGAUUUAUAUUAAAGGUAUAUCAAUCGUGGUCACACAGCUGAUAUGUUCAUUAUCAAUUUGAUGGAAUACUGAAUUAUUAACAAAUAUUCUAUUUUUAGGCUAUGUUAUCAUAGAUUAGUAAAUUAUUGUUGUUGUUACAAAAUUCAAAUGCAUCUCUGAAUAAUUAAAACUUUGUUACUGUAAUAUCGUUGACUCUUUGUAGAUUUUUGAAUUUAGUAAAAGUAUAAAUUAAAUAAACUUGUUGUUUAUGAUGGACAACGAUUUAAUUAGAUUAAAUGAACAGCUAGAAGAGGAUGGAAAAACUAUAUUGGUUGGAUUAGAAGAACUUGUCGAUGACAUUGACAAUAGAUCUAUGGGAACAAACAGUAUUUGUAGUCUAUAUGAGUUUGGUCAAAUAAGCAGUGAAGAUGAACUUAAGAGUUAUGACAGUGAUCCUGAUUUAAUUUAUCCUCUACAAGAAGUUGAACAGAUUGAGGAACAUGGUCAAAAUUAUGCAUUACAGACAAAUGAAGAAGAAGUUGAUAAUGAUGUCACUAAAAAAGGUACCAAAAGAAAAAGAAAAACUUACAGUAAAACCCCAUAUGAACGUAAACAACUGAUAUUACAACAACAACGAGAGAAACAUUGUUUAAAAUCACCAUGUAUAUUAUCAUGUAAACAAAAAUGUACUGAAAAAAUAUCUCAGGCUCUUAGAGAAGUUAUAAACAGAGACUUUUGGAAUAUAUCUGUAGCAGAAAGAAAAAUGUUUGUGCUCACAUCAGUGGAGAGACAGAAUGUUAAACGUAGAAGAGGUAAAGGAGAGGAAAUAAAAAGAAAUUGGUCUUUAAAAUAUUCAUUUAAAAAUCUAGAUGGGAAAAAUGUAAGUGUUUGUAAGCAUUUUUUUUUAGCUACAUUAGGAUAUAAACCAAAGAAUGAUUCAUUUGUAUUUAAAAUAUGUUCAAGUAUUGAGGAUAAAAAUAAAAAUGCUAUAGUAUCUCCUAUUCUAGAUAAGAAUAAUCGUUCUCCAUGGAACAAGCUUAACGAAGAAUCCUUAAAGUCUAUAAAAUCACAUAUAGACUCAUUCAACCCAUGUGUUUCUCAUUAUAGAAGAGCUCAUGCACCAAACAUGAGAUAUUUACCAAAUGAAGAUAAUGCUAAUUUUAUGUAUGAAGAUUUUAAAAAAAAGUUCUCAGAUAUUAAAUGUUCAUAUGAUGCUUAUAGAAAAGUUUUAAGAGACAAUAAUAUUUCCUUUACUAAGUUGGGUCACGAGGAAUGUGAGCAAUGCGAGGAAUGGAAGCAACAUAAUGCAAAUCAUAGUAAAGACACAUUAAAUUUAUCUUCUAAUACAUGUAAUGUAUGUAAAAAGUAUGAAGUACAUUUGGAGUUAUAUACACAAGCAAGAUCCUUGUAUGAAAGUCAUAAAAAAGAAUUGAAUAGUGAUUCUAAAUUAACUGUUUCUGUUGAUCUUCAGAAAGUAAUUAUGUUACCUCGCAUGGAAUGUUUCAAAGCAGCUAUAUUCACUAAAAGAAUAAUAGUAUUCAACGAAAGUUUUGUGCCAAUAGGAAAAAAAAAUAAAGUUAAACCUUUAGCUAUCAUAUGGCAUGAAGGUGUGUCUGGAAGAAAACAGGAAGAUUUGACAAGUUGUUUUUUUCAGUUUCUUUUAUUUAAUAAAGAUAUUAAAAAUAUUUCAAUAUGGAUGGAUAACUGUGCAGCACAAAAUAAAAAUUGGUGCCUACUGACAUUCUUGAUUUAUGUUAUUAAUUCACAUGAAAUUGAAACUACUGAAAUUAAUUUGUUCUACUUUGAACCUGGACACUCAUUCAUGUCUGCUGACAGUUUCCAUCACCAAGUCGAGUUAUCAAUGAAAAAAACAGGUAAAGUGUAUGAUUUUAUGGACUUUGAAAAAGUUAUCCGUAAAUCCAAUAGUGGGCAUGUAGAUGCAAAAGUAAUGGAUCUCACAGACUUCUAUGAUUGGAAAUCAGAAUGUUCUGUUUACAAAUUGAACAAGCAAAAUAUAAGACCAAUGCUUAGUGACAUUGUUCAUAUAAAGGCAGAAAGAGGGUUGAAUUAUUUGCUUUACAAAACUGAUUACAGUGAAUAUUGUCCAUUUAGAAAACUUGAUUUUUUAAAAAACAACAUCAUUAAAAAUGGAAUUUCAAAACCAGACCAAAAAACUAAAGUUCUUGGUAUUCAUCCAAGCAAAAAGGAAAGUAUCAUAAAAACAUUAGUACCUUUAAUGCCAGAAACAAGGAAACAAUUCUGGCUAGAUUUUCCGUGUGCUAUUGAAGCACUAGAUUUAUACAGUGACAACGAAAAUUAAAAAUGUUAUUAUAAUGAUAGUUAUUAUUAUAAAAAUGUCAGUCUAAUCAAAUUAUUUUUAAUUAUUUUAUAAAUUGUUAAUUUAAAGUAAAAAGUACUUACUUGUUCAAAAGUGUUUGCAACUUAUUUAUUUAUAUAAUAAUAUGUAUAUUG